AUGGGUAGAUUUUUUUCUGGCUUAGCUCAAUCUGGAGUGUGGUGUUGUUUCGACGAAUUUGACCGGGUAGAAAUCGAAGUACUAUCGGUCAUCGCACAACAGCUAAUCACUAUAACAAACGCGAAACUGACAAACGCCAAUAAGUUCACUUUUGAAGGUCGAGAGAUUAGACUUAUCAGGACAUGUGCAGCAUUUAUAACCAUAAAUCCAGAAUAUGUUGGGAGAAACAAACUGCCAGAUAAUCUACAAGCGUUGUUUAGAUCUGUGGCUAUGAUGAUACCAGACUAUAGUUUAAUUGUCGAGGUUGAAUUGUACGCCGGAGGAUUUCAAUUGUCGAAAAUGUUGUCUCAUAAAAUAGUAAAAACGUAUCAAUUAUGUAAUGAACAACUUUCCAUUCAGAACCACUAUGAUUUUGGAAUGAGAGCUAUAAAAAGUGUUUUAGUAAUGGCGGGCUUAUUAAGACGAGAAAAUCCUAUUGUAGAAGAAAAUUUAGUAGUUAUCAGAGCUUUGAGAGAUUGUAAUUUACCGAAAUUUCUAAAAGAUGAUGCAAUUUUAUUCAAGGAUAUAUUAAACGAUCUAUUUCCCGGAUUUUUUUUACCAGAACAAGAUUAUGAAAUAUUCCUUUCGACUGUCAAAGGUGUAAUGGAAAGUGAAGGCUAUCAAAUUAAUGAAUGCAUUGAAGUAAAAGUUAUACACUUGUUGCAGACAAUAAUUGUCCGGCAUGGUAUCAUGACUGUUGGUCCGGCGGGAAGUGGAAAAACUACGAUUUUAAAAAUACUUGAAAAAUCAUUAUCUGAGCUUUACAAUAAAAAAAUUGAAAAUCAACAUUACAGACCAGUAAACCUAUAUCGACUGAAUCCUAAAGCAAUUUCCAUUAGCGAACUUUACGGCCAACUGGAUCUUGUUACAAUGGAAUGGAGAGAUGGGUUACUUGGAAAAAUUAUAAGAAAAACAGUUCAAGUGAAAAAGGAAGAAUUUCAGUGGGUGGUAUGCGACGGCCCCGUAGAUGCAAUAUGGGUCGAAAAUCUAAAUACCGUUCUUGACGACAAUAAGAUUUUGUGUCUUUCCAAUUCCGAACGCCUAAAAUUGAGCUCUUGGUUUAGAUUGGUUUUUGAAGUUGGUGAUUUAUCACAAGCAUCGCCUGCUACAGUUAGCAGAUGUGGAAUUGUCUAUAUAGACACCAGAGAUCUAGGAUGGUUACCAUAUGUGCAAUCGUGGGCAAAUAGAUUACAAAAUGAUGUCAUUAGAAGUUCAGAAUUAAAAAAUUAUCUUUUAUCAUUAUUCGAAACUUAUGUCAAUGACGGUUUUUCAUUUAUUAACAAAUAUUGUUUGGCUCCCAUUAAACAGGUUGAUAUUAGUAAAGCAAAAAUGAUGUGUACCAUUCUCGAAUCUCUAUUAACUGACCUAGAUAGUUUUGAUGCACCAACAGAAAUUUCAAAUGUCCAAAAAUAUAUUUAUCAAUCAUUUAUAUUUUCAUAUUUUUGGUCUCUGGGAUCAAAUUUAGUCGAUUCUUCUCAGAUAAAAUUCGAAAAUUUAGUUUUCAAUCAAUUUUCAGACAUAUCUGAGUAUGGUAUUCAACCAGGAAUGAAAUUAUUCAACGUAUAUCUUAACACAAAAAAUAAAAAGUUUGAAAAAUGGAAUACUAUCAUUCCAGAUUUUGUGUACAAAUCAGUUACACCUUAUUAUGAGUUAAUAGUACCUACCAUAGAUAGCAUUCGGUAUACAUACAUUGUACAACAAAUAGUACAAAUGAACCAACCAGUUAUGUUGACUGGAACAACAGGCGUAGGUAAGACUUCAGUAGCAAAUUGUGUCAUGCAAGACUUGAGGAAUAAGGGUGACUGGAUAACUGAAACGAUACAAUUUUCUGCAUACACAAAUAUUAACAGAACCCAAGAAGUAUUGGAGUCAAAAUUAGUGAAGAAAAAUCGAAAUCAUUUCGGUGCACCGUUAAAUAAGCGUUUGGCGCUUUUUAUCGAUGAUGUCAACAUGCCUAUACCCGAAGCUUAUGGUGCCCAACCUCCUAUUGAACUACUAAGACAGCUUUUAGAUUCCGGUGGCAUAUAUGAUAAAGAUAAGCUGGAUUGGAAAGACAUCGAGAACGUGAUUUUAUGCACAAUCUGCGCACCUCCAGGAGGAGGGCGAAAUUUACUAACUCCAAGAUUCACAAGACAUUUUUCAGUAAUUUUCAUGCCAAGCAUGAGUGAAAAUUCCAUGAGAACUAUAUUCACAUCCAUUUUGGAUGGUUUUUUCGAAGCGUUCCCACAAAAUAUAGCUGAUUCUAGUUCAAAAAUAGUGCAAGCCAGUGUUGAAACGUAUUUGUGUAUUUCAAAAGACUUAUUACCAACUCCAACUAAGCCACAUUAUGUGUUUAAUCUUAGAGAUUUGUCGAAGACCAUACAAGGAAUCUUACAAGCUGAUUUCAUCACAAUACCGGACCAAACACAUUUAUACAGACUAUGGUAUCAUGAAACAUUGCGUGUGUAUCACGACCGGUUGGUUUGUCAAAAAGACAAGUCUUAUUUAUUUGAMAUUCUUCAGGACGUGUGCACACGUUAUUUUAACACCACUGUGUUAGACUUUUCCAUAUCUGUAGACACAAAUUCAUCACAUUCUCCAGUGUUAUUAUUCGGUGAUUUUGUGAAUCCGGUUUCAAGAAAGAAGCGGAUUUACGAAGAAAUAAUUGAUAUCGAUAAAUUAAAAACCACGUUGAUCGAAUACUUAACAGAUUUUAAUAUAGCUCAUAAUAAAGACAUGCACAUCAUAUUUUUCAUGGAUGCCAUUGAGCAUGUCACACGCAUUGCGAGAAUAUUGAGAUCCGAAAGAGGAAACGCUUUAUUAGUCGGUGUUAAUGGCAUGGGAAAACAAUCAUUGACAAAGUUGUCUUCACAUAUUAACACAUUCAAAUGUUUUCAAAUCGAGUUAACAAAAUCAUAUAAUCAUACUACAUUUCGUAAAGAUCUAGUAAAUCUUUAUCUCAACACUGGCGUGAAAUUUGAAGAAACCACAUUUUUAUUUACGGAUAAUCAGAUAGUACAAGAAGAGUUUUUAGAAGAUGUAAGCAAUAUUUUAAGCUCAGGGGAAGUUCCAGAUUUAUUUAAGCAUGAUGACUUGGCGAAGGUGAUAACCGCUUGCCGGCCGGCAGCAUUAAGUGUGGGAAUUGACAGCCAGGACCAAGAAUCGAUGUUCAAAUUUUUCAUACAGCGCGUUCGUUCUAAACUUCAUCUUGUCAUAUCCAUUAACUCGAUCGGCGUUGCGUUUAGACAGAGAUGUCGGCUAUUUCCUUCGUUGAUUUAUAAUUCGACAAUAGAUUGGUUUGACGAUUGGCCGACCGAAGCUCUUUUGUCUGUGGCUCACCAAAGUUUAGAAGAUGCAUUUGGACAACCAGAAAACCCCAACCUUGUUGACAGCCUAACGGAUGUAUGCCGCAACAUGCAUUUGAUGAUCAGUCAAGCCACUGAAAAGUUUUACAGGCAAACAACAAGGCGCUGCUACGUAACACUUAAGACUUAUUUGGAAUUUUUGAAGUUGUACGUGAAAAUGCGGGAAUCACUAACUAAUAAAAUUAAAAACGAUUCAGACCGAAUUUCUAAUGGUCUGCGUAAGUUGUACGAGACAUUUGACAUGGUGGGAGAUAUGAAAACAAAAUUGAAAUCUAUGGCACCAGAACUAUUAGAGAAAAAUGAAGCCACCUYAAAGCUAAUGGAUGGCUUGACUAGAGAAAAAGCGAGCGUCAAUAAGGUGCGACAAACAGUACUUCUGGAAGAGACAGCAGCAAAAAUGAAAGCUUCAGCCGCGCAGGAAAUAGCUGAAGACGCGCAAAGGGACCUUACUCUAGCUAUGCCGGCAAUGGAAGCGGCCAAAACGGCAUUAGAGUCACUCAAUAAAAACGAUAUAAAUGAGCUUAAAAUGUUGAGCAAGCCACAUAAACUAGUUCAGACUGUUAUGGAAGCCGUAUGUUUAUUAUUGGCAAAAAAAACUGAUUGGACUUCAGCUAAAACCAUACUAGGAGAUGCCAAUUUUCUAAAAGCUCUACAAGAAUAUGAUACAGACAACAUAUCUGACAAAAUGAUCAAUCAACUUAA